AUGCCGAAAGUGCAUAAGAGCGAAUGUGAAUAUGUCGAAUCCACGCUUAUGCAUUUCCGGUACAUCGUGUGUAGUGUUAUGGUGCAUGAAAUGGCAGGUAAAAAGACAUACAAAUGUGAAUUAUGUGAAUAUGCAUCAAUACAGAAAGCAUAUCUAAAACGUCACGUAUGGAGAGAGCAUGCAGAUAGACCAGAGGUGUACAGAGACAGAAGCCCUAUAAAUAGAACUAGAAGCUCUUCAGAAGGUAAAGUCUGUCUGCCUUCACAGCCUUGUGUGGUGAAUGAGCAUCGAGGUAAUCAUGCACAAGAGAAUAACAGCAGAUGUGUUUGCUUUGGUGAUCCAUCUAGAAAUUCUAGCAUAGGUAACUGCAAAAAACAGGAAUCCAGGUACAGUGAGACCCUCACCAAUAGAAACAAGUCAAACAUAUCACAACUUGAUCAGCUAAGCUCAGGUUCUAGGACUGGCAGCUGCAAAAGACAAAUCGACUUGGAGAAAACAAAUGUGCUAUGCAAUAAUCUUGCAUCAAAAAUAGCUACAGAAGAAAACAUGCCUGUUUCAUCUCAUCCUUACAAGUACUUGCCACAAAAUAGGACCAAUCAAGACCAUGUUAAUAAUGCACAGUGCAGCCCUCCAAAUGAAGAAAAUACAAGCUUUGAUCUCUCUUUAAAUCAGGUUUGGUUACAGAUAAAGAAGUUGUUCUGGAGAGCUGUGGAAAUUAUUUAUCAUCAGUGACUGAAGAAAAAGGAGAAAUGCCAUGCUGUGCUCCACUGACAGAAAAUGUUGGAAUACACAGGUGACGUGAUACUUUUUAUUAGACUAGUAGGUUUUACAAUGCAGCUACUUAAACAUUCAGACUAGCAAGAGCUCUUCAUCAGGCAUUACAUGAAGAAAGGAUUUUGUUAAUUUGAAACACUGAAUAGUUGGACUGUAAAACCUAGGUUGGUACAACAAAAAGUAUUACAUCAUGUUUGUGUUCCUGUGUUUUCUGGUCAGUAAUAAAAAAAGCUUUUGAAUAAAAUUAUAUAUUACAUA